AUGCAUGUUGAAGCAGACAGUGAUGUUGCAACGAGGCACAGAACUGGGGCUUCGGGGGAUGUGCCCGAGGGUACCCGGGAAAAGGGCACGUACGAUUUGGUGGUGAUCGGAGGUGGAUCAGGUGGCCUCGCUGCAGCCAAUGAAGCGGCAGAGUUGGGGCGGAAAGUGGCGCUGUGCGAUUAUGUUAAGCCUUCACCGAGGGGGACAACCUGGGGCCUCGGGGGCACGUGUUCCAAUGUGGGCUGCGUGCCCAAAAUACUUAUGCAUAGAGCGGCGACGCUCGGCGUUGACAUCGGGGAAGCCGCACCGUAUGGUUGGAGUCUACCUUCAGAUAAAAUCCACGACUGGGAAACAUUAGUGGAAGAAGUCCAGGUCUUCAUAAAGUCCACAAAUAUUGCAGCUCGAAAAAAGUUAGUAACUAAUAAAGUUGUAUAUCAUAAUGCUUUCGCUGAAUUUGAGAGUGCUCAUCGCAUCAAAGUGCGAACUGCUAAAAACGAAGUAUCAACUGUCACAGCUGAAAAGUUUAUAAUAGCUGUUGGUGGCCGUCCACGGUAUCUCGAUAUACCUGGUGCGAGAGAGUAUGCAAUAACAUCUGAUGAUCUUUUCUCUAUGAAAUACAAUCCUGGAAAGACAGUAAUUGUUGGUUCCUCAUUCAUUGCACUUGAGUGUGCUGGGGUUUUAUCCGGAUUAGGUAUGGAUGUAACUGUUCUGGCUCGAUCAAAACUGCUGGAACGCUUAGAUCAACACAUGGCUGAAAUGGUUGCAAAAUACAUGGAAUCCCAUGGAGUAAAGUUCAUCAGGAGGUGUGUCCCUACUAGCAUUGAAAAUAUUGGAGAUGGCACUCCACCACUUUUGAAGGUUCAUGCGGCAAAACGUGACGGUGGAGACCCAUUUGUUAUAGACUGUAAUACUGUUUUACUUGCAACUGGCAGGGUACCAAACACCAGAAAUAUCGGUUUAGAAAAUAUUGGAGUAACACUGAAUAAGUCGACUGGAAAAAUCAUAGUGGAUGAGGAUGAACGUACAUCAGUCCAAAAUAUAUUUGCGAUUGGAGAUGUAAUUGAUGGAAAACCAGAGUUGACACCAGUAGCCAUUAAAACUGGAAGGUUGUUGAGUCGGAGACUGUAUGGUGGUGCGUCGACGAGGAUGGACUACACAUUAAUCCCAACAACGUUAUUUACUCCAUUAGAGUAUGGUAGCGUUGGUCUCUCUGAGGAACUUGCUAUUGCCCAAUACAGCAAUGAAAAUAUUGAGGUAUAUCACUCUCACUUCAAUCCGCAAUAUCAGGCUCUAACAAUGAAAGAUGAAAGCGUACCUUACAUGAAAGUAGUAUGCUUGAAGAGCGAGCAGGAUAGAAUUAUUGGCUUCCAUAUAUUUGGCCCACAUGCCGGCGAAAUUACUCAGGGCUUUAGUCUUUGUUUGAAACUUGGAGCAAAGCUGAAAGAUUUACAGACUCUUGUGGGAAUUCAUCCAACUUGUGCCGAAAUUGCGACAUACCUAUCAAUCACCAAAUCAUCUGGGAAGAGUGUGCUCAGGACAUUCUGCUGA